AUGGCAAGGAUCCAAAAAGAAAAAGAUCGAAAUAGUGAAGGUGAUGAUGACCUUUUAAGCCGCUUAAAGAACAACACACAUGAAGAAAAUAAAGCAAACAUGACCCGAGAAAAUAACGAUACGACAAAUACCUUCCUCGACAAUUAUUGUGAGAUAGAAGCAAAAUUGGAAAUGGUUCUGUCUCGGCUUAGUAAACUCGAGGAAAAAUCUCAGAGUGAAAAAAGAGCGCAAUCUUUGCUUGUUGCUGAGAAUAGCAAAAUGGUGGCCAAAAUAACUUGCUUAACAGCAACUGUUACCGAGCUACAGGAGGAAAACGAGAGUAUCAGAACUUUGCUUGCAUGGCAAUAA